AUGGCAAGAGACCCAUGGCAUCUUCUCCUACACCAGUUCCUAACAAAGCAAAGACCAUGUUUCAAGCGAGCAAAGCAACACCUAAUGCAAGGAUUAAUAAGAAGUCAUCCAAGGAUUAAACUUUUGAAGCUCUGUGUUAUAAGGGGUAACUCGAAGAGACCUUUGUUCUUUUAUUCUUUUGUGCAGUUGAUCCUUAAGGUGUAUGAUAACAAGGUUGUGGAUUCUUCUAAGGAUCCAUUUAUUGAGGCUACUGGUUCUUCUUCUUUUGAUUCACUUUCUUCUAAUUUGAAGUCUUACCUUGAUGAGUUGGUUGGAAUGCUUUGGAUGACAACUAGAUUAGGGAAGAAAGGAUUAUGGGUUGAGCUGAAGGAAGAGAUUCAAGCUUCUGAAGCUCAAGUGAUUGCUCAAGUGGAGUAUGUUAUAUCUGUUUUUGACCACCUGGGUGGAGCUAACGAUAUGUUUAAUAUUGGUCCUUCUGAUAUUGACAUUGACCCCUCUAUUGAAGAUGACAGUAUUAUUGUUGUUGUACCACCAUCUGAUGAAGCUGACAUUCCAUGA